CUGUCAUUUGUUAUUACUAUUUACUAUUUACUGAUUGUUAUUUGAACCUGUGUCUAACGUACGGUAUGUCGUGUUGUGUAUGCUACUUAUUGGUGACUAUUUGUCGUUUGAUGUAGUCGGCGGUUCAUGUGUUUUUUUUUUUAAGUCACUUGAAUGUUCCACAGAGUUUCUUCUACCAGUCUUUCAAUCAUAGGUAUGGAUUUCGAUCAUCAUUUUUUCGAUUCAAUUGGAUGAAAAUGCCACCUCAAGGCGUUUGACAGUUAUAGUGGAAGUCCAUCCUGGUUUCCGUUAUUGUAUAUUCCAUCCGAACGCUGCUACCAUUAUAGUGUCGGUAUGCAAAAGCAAGUGGACUAGUCUUCGCAAUUCGUUUGCAAGAGAACUUCGUGAACUCAAAAAUAAAAAAUCUGGGUCAGCUGGUUCUAAAAAAAGAAAAUAGUACCUUUUUGAUAGUAUGAGUUUUUUAACUGGUUUUAUGAUGCAGCAUAAAAAAAUGGGUAGCAACAUCAAUAACGAUUAUGUAAAUGAAUCCGAAGAAAUCGUAGAGUCUGAAGAAGAUGAUACAUCAGACAAUACAGGAGAUAAUAUAGUAGAUAAUACAGUAAUAGAGAGUGAACAAGACAUUAUUGAACCAAUAUUGACGUUACCUAAAAAUCCAUAUAAAAGAACAGCAAGCGAUAAGGUAGCAGAACCGAUGAUAGAAUUUUUGAAAUCAAGAACUACAAAGCCAGCAUCUGUUGAAGAACCUCCAGAAUUGUUAUUCUUUAAAAGCCUUAUUCCAGACUAUAAAAAACUUAAUGAUAAAAAUCAAAGAAAAUUCAAAAAUUUAGUUAUGUCGUCUUUAAAUAGUUAUCUUGAUGAACAAGAAGAUAGUAAUCAAAUAGCUUCAUUUCAAAACAAUAUAAAUAACAUGUAUCGUAGACCAGUUGAACAGCAGAGUAAUCAUUUAUAUCAAGCUAGACCUAUCAUGGACCAAAAUAUGAUUUUUGUAGCUGAACAAAACACAGAUCAACAAAUUAAUCAAAACCUAAAUGUAAACUAUUACUACAGUGAUUUUGCUUCGGAUUUAUCUUCGUCUUCACAAGGAAGUAACAAUUCAUUCAAAUGAUAUAUUUUUUUAAUUUAUAAGUUACAAUAAUAAUAAAACAAAUUUAAAACAUAA